AUGGCAUUAUCAUUAUCACAAAUCAAAGAAAAAUCCAACACCGACGAAGAAAUUCGCAAGGUUUACAAUUUGAUUUACUCAAACGAAUUCGAUGAAAAAACAAAACCCUUUCAAGCAUUCAUACCAGAGUUGUGUUUCUAUGACAACAUCCUUCUAAGAGGAACCAGAAUAGUGAUUCCUGCUGAUUUAAGACUUGCAGUUCUUCAAGCAGCCCACGAAGGCCAUCCCGGAAUAGUGGGAAUGAAGAACCGUUUACGUACUAAAGUUUGGUGGCCUAAAAUGGACACAUGCGGAGAAGUUCGCAAGAGCCUGUAA